AUGGAGAAGGACAGCAGUGGCCGCUUCGUCGUUUGCUGGAGGUGCGUUGGUGAAGAUCUCAAAGGCCUCAACGAGAUCCUCCUUGGCAACGAGUGGCUGACAUGGCGGAAGAACUACAAGCAGUGGCGGGGAGGCGGUGCAGCCGGGGCUCGCGGGGAGGCCACGAUGAAGGCAGCCAAGCGCCGAGCGCAUGAAGCGGCUGAACCUGAGAUCUCCAGGCGCUGCACGUGGCCUCAGUUGGACGAAGUGCAAGACACAGGUGAGGAUGUGUGGGAUGAAGAUUUCAUCUUCUCAACGGAGGAGAUUGUGCUCUCGCGGCUGUUUGAGUGGUGCGAGCUGGCAGUCACGCAGCAAGCCUACGAAUGGCUGGCAGCACAGCAGUGUUCGCCGGACCUGCGCCGGGUUUUGCUUGGCUCGCGCCUGUCCUCGCUCAAGAAGGGCAGAGUCCUCGGCAGCGGCAAAGGGCACACGUCUCUACUUUGGGAGCUGCUCACCUCCAUCCGCAUCUUUGCCCGCAUGACGCCCAAUGGAAAGAUCAGCGUUGUGGAGAAUUUCAUGUCCCAGGGCCUGAUCUGUGCAAUGGUUGGCGAUGGUGGCAAUGACUCGGGCGCCCUCCGGACGGCGCACGUCGGGAUGGCUCUGAGCUCUGCGACCUCGGCUACUGUGGUGGCACCCUUCACCACCUGCCGUCCCAGUGUGGCACCCAUUGCGGAUUUGCUUCGUGAGGGCCGAGGUGCGCUGGCAACAUCCUUCGCUGGGUACAAAUAUUGUGUUCACUAUGGCCUUCUGAACUCGGUGCUGAAGUUCAAGACCUACUGGCACGGCAUCUCUCAGUCCAUGAUGGCAGCAUACUUCCAGGACAUGAUCGGCUUCCUGAGCCUUUCAUGGGCAAUGAGCCUUGCAAGGCCUGCGCCUGUCCUGGCCACUAGCCGGCCCACCUCCUCGCUCUUCUCGGGCUUUACGGUCCUUUCCGUGGUUGGCAUGCUGGCCCUGAAUGCGCUGUUCUUGGAAGUGAACUGGAACAUCAUAACAUCCGAUGAGGACUACGUGCCCUUCCCAGUGCACAAGGUCCGCAUCACGCAGUGGUGGAAGCUGAAUCAGAACUGGGAGGUCACAACCCUUUUCUUCACGUACACUUUUCAGCUCUUCUGGUCUGCAGUGGUGUACUCGUUCGGAGAUGUUUUCCGGCUCCCCUGGUACACGAACUUGGUCCUGAUGGCCUUAGUCGCCGUGAAUUUGGGGUUCCUGACGUUCUUACUCUUGAGCAGCCCCAACUGGAUGACGCGCUUGUUCAAGCUUGUCUUCGAGGACAUCACAGACAAUGAUCCAUGGACUCCAGAGGAGUACUGUCCAGCCAUGCCACGACCAGUGCGAUACCACCUGCUUCUGGUGAUUAUGUGCAACCUUACGUGCACAGCUUUCCUGGAGAAGGUGAUCAUCCAAGGUCGGGUUGGUGACUACAUGCGGCUGUGGGGCCGUGCGCUCUCAAAGCACGUCACACUGCGUUUGUGA